UGCUGCCCAGUAAUUUUGGGAUGUGUGAGUCAUGGGAAGAAUACAGGACAAACACACCCUUGGAGUAGGAAAAGGCCAUUCCCAUUUUCCCCCUGCUUAUGAAGAUUUGCUGGGGCCCGGGAAGUGGCAGUGCUCAGUGUCCCGUAGGAGCUCUGGCAAGGGGGACGGACUUCCAGGAAUUCACCAGCUGCCGGACGCUGGGAGCGACCCCAGCCCUCCUGGGUCUUGGCUGUGAGUCCGGAUAGGGUUUCCAAGUGGCAUCUGGUCAAGGUGUCUGGGGCCUGGAUGGAGAACACUUCUCUCAGCUACGAGUAUGGGGAUUACGACGGGGUUCCGGAUCUCCCCGUGGACUGCAUGGACGGCACCUGCAUCUCUGCCUACCCACUGCGCACCGCCGUGUUUCUGCUCUACGCCGCGGUCUUCCUGGUGGGGGUGCCCGGCAACGUGAUGGUGGCCUGGGUGACCUGGAAAGAGGCCCGCCGGAGGGUCGGGGCCACCUGGUUCCUACAUGUGGCCGUGGCCGAUCUGCUCUGCUGUGCGUCUCUGCCCCUCCUGGCGGUGCCCAUAGCACGCAGGGGCCACUGGCCGUAUGGGGCGGUGGGGUGUCGGGCGCUGCCCUCGGUCAUCCUGCUGUCCAUGUAUGCCAGCGUGCUCCUUCUGGCCGCUCUCAGCGCGGACCUCUGCCUGCUGGCCUUCAGGCCCAGCUGGGGGGCUGCGGCGGGCUGGGCACGCAGGGUGCAGGCGGCCUGCGGGGUCGCCUGGACCGUGGCCUUGCUGCUCACUGUGCCCUCGGCCAUCUACCGCCGGUUGCACCAGGAGCAUUUCCCUCACCGGCUGGAGUGCGUGGUGGACUACGGCGGCUCUGUGGUGCUGGAGAGCACAGUGACUGCCAUCCGCUUUAUUUUUGGCUUCCUGGGGCCGCUGGUGGUGGUGGCCAGCUGCCACGGUGCCCUUCUGUGCCGUGCGGCCCGACACCGUUGGCCCCUGGGCAUGGCCGUAGUGGUGGGUUUCUUUGUCUGCUGGGCCCCCUACCACCUGCUGGGGCUGGUCAUCACUGCCGCUGCCCCACACUCCAGGCUCCUGGCCCGGGCCCUGCAGGCUGAACCGCUGGUCAACGGCCUCGCUCUGGCUCACAGCUGUCUCAAUCCUGUGCUCUUCUUGUAUUUUGGGAGGACUCAACUGCGCAGAUCACUGCCAGCCGCCUGUCGACGGGCCCUAAAAGAGUCACAGAGCAAGGAUGAAAAUGCCGUCGGCCAGAAAUCCACCAGCCAUGAUCUAGUCUCAGAGAUGGCAGUGUAGGCUAGAAGGAAACUGGUCUGUGUGCGACCCUUGGAUUUCGCAAGCUAGCUUCAGGCAUAGCUGGAUCCAGUGGAUCAAUGAUAUCAUUUCUUACUUUAUUCAUUAAACAAACAUUCAUUAAGCACCUACUAUGUGUAAGGCCCUGUUAUAGGCACUGAGGAAAUAGCAGUGACCAAGAGACACAAAGGGAGCCGACAUUUUACUGGAGGAAGACAGGAAAUAAGCAAAGGAGAAGAUAUGCAAUAUAACAAGUUGUGGCAAGGGCUAACCUAAAGGGGAUAAAGAGGACUGAGUGGGGCAGGGAUAUAGUAAGCUAGGCAAGGCCCAUUGAGUAAGGUGAUAUUUGAGCCCAAACCUGAGGAAGGGAGGGAGGAGUCAUGCUUAAAUCUGGCAGAAAAUCAUGCCAAGCACUGGGAGCAGCAAGUACAAAGGCCCUGAGGCACAAAAUGCUCAGCAUACUUCAGGAAGAGCAAAGAGGCCAAUGUGGAUGAAGCAGAGGCAGCAAGAGGGAAAGUAGGGUGAGACAGAGGGAGAGAGGUAGCGGGGGGGCUGGAUUUGAAAGCCCUCCAGGCCACAGCAAGUGUUUGGAGAGCCAUGGCAGUGUUCUGAGCUGUAGUUAUCAGAUAAAAUAUACACCAAAUUAAAUUUGAGUUUCAGAUAAACAGCAAAAAAGUUGUUUGUUUGUUUUUUUAGCAUGAGUAUGUCCCAUGCAACAUUUGAGACAUCCUUAAAAAAAAUUAUUUGUUCGGACGUCUGGGUGGCUCAGUCAGUUAAGCCUCUGCCUUCAGCUCAGGUCAUGAUCUCAGGAUCCUGGGAUCGAGUGCCGCAUCGGGUUCCUUGCUCAGCAGGGAGUCUGUUCUCCUCUGCCUGCUGCUUCCCCUGCUUGUGCUGUCUCUCUGAUAAAUAAAUAAAUAAAUAAAUAAAAUCUUAAAGAAAGUAUUUGUUGUUGGGGAUGCAUGUCUGGCUCAGUCAGUGGAGCAUGUGACUCUUAAUUUUGGGGUUGUGAGUUCAAGCCCCACAUUGGGUGUAGAGAUGACUUAAAAAUAAAAUAUUUACGUUUGUCUGGGUGGUGCAGUCAGUUAAGCAUCUGACUCAUGGUUUCGGCUCAAGUUGUGAUCAGGAUGGAGCCUGAGCCAGGCUCUACAGUCCGUGUGGAGUCUGCUGAAGACUCUCUCUCCCUUUUCCCCUGCCCCUCCCCACUGCUCGUUUUCUCUUUCAAAUAAAUAAGAAAAGUCUUGAAAAAAAUAAAAAUCUUGAAAAAUUCUUUAAAAUAAAAAUUAUUUGUUGUUUAUCUGAA